AUGAACGAUGUUAAUUGGCCAUUAUUGGCUUUGUUCAUCGUUUUAAUACUUUUGGCACUUUUUGGAAAUCUUCUAGUUUGCGCAGCUAUUCUAUGGGAUCGAUCACUUCGAAAACAACCAGAAAAUCUAUUUUUGGUAUCAUUGGCAGUGUCAGAUCUUCUUGUCUCAAUUUUGGUGAGUUGUUUUAUUUUUAUUUUGAUUCCAGAAAAAAAAGACCGAAGUUUUGAGCAAAAUGAGAUGAGAUGAGAAAAGAAAACAAAACAAAAGCUGGAAAAUAUUGUUUUCCGUAAGACUCACUCACUCACUCACUCAAAUCCAAAUCUAAUUUUGACUAUGUGUAUCUAUUGUGCGUGUGUUUCUUUUUCCAGCGCCUUUUCUAGGGAUUUUCCUUAUUCAUUUAUUUAGUUGUUCUUACAUUAGAUUCAACUAAAGAUCAAGUUUUUAAUCUCAUGACUUUUUGAGAAAAAAAGAAGUACUUUUAAAAUAAACGAGAAGGAGAUGAAAAAUGCAACAUUGCUUGGAUAUUAACUUUUCCUCGAAAAAAUUUAGGACGAAUGGAUUCUCGAAAUUAAGAAAACACACAAAAUCUAUUAAAAUUAUUAUUUCUCGACAAAAAAGCUGUUUUCCCUCAACAUAAAACAAUCAUCAAUUUUUUCUAGGUUAUGAUAUUUGCUGCAGCAAAUGAUAUUCUUGGGUAUUGGCCAUUUCGAGAAUUUUAUUGUCGAUUUUGGAUAAGUUUUGAUAUAACAUGUUGCACAGCAAGUAUUCUGAAUCUCUGUGCAAUUUCACUUGAUCGGUAUUGGCAUAUCAGUCGACCAAUGGUUUAUAUAAGAUAUUGUAAUCGGAGAAGAAUCAACUAUGUGAUUAUAAUUGUUUGGUUGAUAUCUGCAGCUAUUGGAGCUGCUCCGCUUGGUUUUGGAUAUGCACAAUUUAUUGAUAAAUCGUGAGUUUCAUUAUUUUUCCAGAUUUAAUUAAAUCGGAAUGUUGCUCAACAAAAAUUUAAUUUUGUUUUAUUACGAUUCUGACACAAGGUUUUAAAAAUAGAACUUUUUUGAUUUCUUUUUUGGGUAAAGUUCAUUCUUCAAAAUGAAUACGAAAUUGAAUUUCCAACUUCUUUCAAAAUAUGUUCAGUUUCAUGAAUAAGGAAAGAGAAAAGAGGGAAACCGAGGAACAAAUCAAGAGUUCAAGUUUUUGAAUUCAGCAAAAUUGGUUUUCGAAUUCCAACUGUGAGAUUUUGUUUGUCUGAAAAUAGGAAACAGACAAUAACAAUAUAUAUUAAAAAUUUUGAGUUUUUGUAGAACUCUGAUCAGAAAUCAAAAAACUUUCAGCUCAAACUCGACAUCAAGUGAUUAUCCAAUGUGUGCUAUGGCUUUAUCAAUGCCAUACGCAAUCACAAGUUCUUUCCUCUCAUUCUUCUUACCCGCUGCAGUAAUGGUUAUCCUUUAUACAAAACUAUAUUUAUACGCUCGCAAACAUGUUCGAAGUAUCAAAACGCAACUUCAACAAGCCACAUCAUUUUUAAUAAUGCAAUUAGCUUCUGAAAAGAUUCGAGAGGUAUGUUGAAUUAAUAUUUGUCCAAAGUCCUUGUCUUUUCAACUUUCUUUUGGGUACACGUUUCUUACCCCCUUACAAUUUUGUUUCAAGUUUUUUUCGGAAUAAUUUGGAAUGCCACAUUUUUCGGUCAUGCCUUUUAUUUUCAAUUUUUUUUUUUGUUGAUUUGUUCGAAAAAAGGGGGUAAAGAAUUUCGAUCAGAAAACGAAAAAGAAACAAAAAAAAAGAAAUUUGUCCGAGUCUUGAAAUGCUUUUUCUAACAAACACGUUCGAUUCAAGCAGUAUUGUAAUAAUAGGAAAAUGUAAUGUGUUGGUAAAUGCCUAAACGCCUAAUCAACCCUUUUGUAUUUCAUAUACUUGAAAAAAUUCAAAAAUAAAUUUCGAGAAAGAAAUUCAACAAAAAAAACCAUAAAAAAGUAGUGAUAUAUGUUACCUACCCUGCAUGCCUGUUCGCAUGGCUGUUCUAUUGUGCUUCCAUCAGGUAACGGCCGCUACUCUGAAGGGUGAAGCACUCCUCGCGCCGGAUUCGCCAUCAACUGAGCGCACUGCGAUGGCAUCGUCGACGCGCACACCUGCCGUACGUCUACACGGUGGAUCGAGACGCUCAACAACAACGACGACAGUCACGUUAAGCACACCGAAACGUGAGAAUUAUGGAUUGACGACUACAACAACGUCAUCAUGUAUGCCACCGCUGAAUAAGGUUGAAUCUGUGAGUUGUGCAUAUUUAAAUCCCACUUCUUCUUCUCCUCUUAUUCCUUUGGAAGUUUUUUUUUUGAUUUCUUCCCUAUUGGACUUCUACUUUCAAAAUUAUCUAACUUUUUUUGAUUGACUUUUCUCAUGCUUUUUGCUCUUCAAUUUACUUUUUGAAAAUUGAUAUAGGAUGACAGAAUAUCUGCCUCAAACUGUUAACAAAUCCUAAUUAAGUAAGUAUUUUGUGAAUUAGGUUUUCAUUAAGGUCCUUUUUUAUUUACAACUUUUUAUCAAAAUACUUUUUUAACGAUGAUUUUAAUUAAUUUGAAAUCAAAGUAACUAUUAAUUUCAUAUUAUAGUGUUCUAGUUAUUAGUCUAAAUUACUGUAUUUCCAUCGUCAUUCUCUAUAGAAAGUUGUAACUUUUUUGUAUUAUUAAGCAGGAAAAAAUACCUAUAUAUUACAUUAUAUUUUAAAAAUUGGUUGCAGUGAUGUGUGUUGAUUGAUUUUCGAAUUUUCCUGUUGUUCCAUUCCCUAGUAGAUUCAAAAAAAACAUUUUCUCAAAAAAAAAACACAAAUUUUCACAAGUAACAUCACAAAACUCUUUCCAGCUUUUUUGCAUUUUUACUAAUAUUUCUUGAAGCUUUGGCUAUAUUUUUUGUUGGGUUUUUGCUGGGAAAUUGAUUGAUUAUUCAGCAGAAACACGCUUAUUGCAUGCUAUGAUUUAUUCGUCGCAUUUUCAUUUCGGAACUAUUUUUCAGAUAAGAACAUCGAUUUUUUCAAAACUCAGUUUCUUGUGUCCCGCAAGGUUCAAGAGUAGGGGAUCAGCACAAGAUCAACAUACACCAUCAACGCAGAAUCGUUCGAAUAUCAGCGAUCAGAAAGCAAGGUAAUUUAGGUUUUAAAAAUUUCGGGAAAAACUUUAUUUUUUUUCAGAUUGACACUUGGUGUAAUCAUGGGAACAUUCCUGUUAUGUUGGACCCCAUUUUUCAUCAUAAAUAUUCUUCGACCAUGUCUAGGAAAUAUCAGCCCAUCAAUUUAUUCGGUUAGUUUUUCCAUAACAUAUCCUCAAAAUCAUCUAACAUUUCUAGGCUGUGACUUGGUUGGGAUAUGCAAAUUCAUCUGCAAAUCCAUUGAUUUAUAGUAUAUUCAAUCGUGAUUUCCGGCGAGCUUUCAAGAAAAUCAUCAUUAAUAUAUUUGGAUGUUGUUGGGAAGAACCAGAUCUCAAUAAAUCAAUGUAAGUUGAACGUAGAGAGUAGUGAAUUUGAACUAUAUUCUAGAUCUUCAAGAUUUGCACCUCCGGAAAUUGAACGUCGUCGAAGUUGCACAAAAUCAUCUGAAUCAAAUAAUGAUAACAAUAAUAUUGAACAUGGAAAUGCAACAAGACUAACACUUUUGGCGAAUAAUAAUGAGGAGGUCAUUGUUGAGGAAAACUAA